ACUCACUCGACCCCGUUUACCGUUUUUCGGCACGUUCGCGCGUAGUUCGUCUUCGCACCAGUGCGACCGUAAUCGUUUUUCCCGCGAUUUCCCCGCUACGCCAAUACAAAUCGUAUUAUUAUUAUUAUUGUUGUUUUUGUUACCAUGUGAAAUCUAUCGGGCUCCACGACCCUGCUCACACGAGGGCUACAACGGUUUUCCGAUAUCCGGUGUAAGAAAUCAUCGUGUCGGAUCGGCGGCGCUGAUGUCCGACAACAUUUAAAAAUAAUCUUUAGUCGUGACGUCACUCGAUACGUCUAUCGUGUCGACCACUGUAUGUCUUACAAAUACCGAUUUCCGACUAGAAACAGUCAUCGUCUAAAGAAAAUUUCAUCGUGGCCCGGAGUCGUAUUCGGCAUAAUAACGUCAUCGUCACGGCCGAGUCUCUUUCAGAUUACGUAGAAGACUUAAAAUCCAAAACUUCACACGUCAAGUGUUCAACAUAAAGMAGUAAUUGAAUCAUUUAUUGGAGGAGAAACGUUUGACGGAGUUUGGUCGAUGGUUCAGUCCGCACAACAACAACAACAACAACAAUAAUAAAAGUGCCGUCGUGUCGUCACGGGACGGACGAUGAUCGACGGCGGAGGUACAGUGGAAGAACAGCAGGACAGCAGUGGCGAUGGCGGCGUUAGUGGACGGGACUCGGCUGUCAAUUACAAAACGAGAAAGCGGUCGGUGGACGCGACGGCCACGGUGGUGUACACUAUAACGGGCGGUGACGCGAAUCAGCUCCAGGACGUGCCACCACCGUCGUGGUCGUCGACGUGUGCGUGUUGCCCGCCGCCUGUCGGAUGCGCCGCCGUGCUACAGGGAAACGGGCCGCCGAGGCGUCGGCCACGAACGUGGACGUGUGGCGGUGCGACCGGCGGUGGUGGCGGCGUGUCGAGUCUGACCAGGAGCAGGACGUUCACGAGCAACUACGAACGGGCCAUAUCGUCGCUGUUGUGGCAGCCGUACGAGUGCCGGUCGUCCAGCAAUUCGCUAAACGACGACGGCGACGUGGCCGUCUGGCUCAGCGCCACCGGCCAGUAUGCACCGCUGUCCAGCCGUUCGUCGAUCAGUCUGUCCACCAUACCCAGGUCAGCCGGCUCGUGUUCGUCGUCGGUGUGCCGUCUGCUGGACGACGGCGGCGGAGACAAAACGCCUCCGCCGCCGUGCUGGUGUAGCGCGGAUACCGCGGCCGUCCUCGGUGACCCACAUAACGAGGAUACGGCCCGGACGACAACCGGUUACCGCUGUCCGCCGCAUGGAUCGCUGCUUCAGCGUCGAGGCACCGCCGCCGCCGCCGCCGUCGAAGGGGGACGACCGCUGCUGCGUUCACAACUCACCGCAGACGUUCAGUCAAACGUACAGCGUCCGACCUCGCGCAACGUGCMGUCUCGCUGUGUCAGUGCGGGUGAUUGGUGUUGUGAUAACGGAGACGUCGAUGUCGACGACGACGACGACGACGACGACGAGGAUUACUAUUGCGUUUACGAGGACGAAAACCUCAACCGAGUGGAUCACGACGUCGACGUUCGCGAUGAUAACCGAGUGCGCGCYGUAGUGCUGAUGGACAACGGGAGCGGUUUGAUAACCGGCGGCGGGGGCGUCGGCGUCGGCGUGACGGCGGACGGCGGUAAGCCUCAGGCGGCGGCCGCCGAGAGGACUUACGCGUCCACGGAAGCGCAGACGGACGAGACGGCGUGCUCGUCAGCGUACAGGGAACAGCGGCGGCGGGAACGGCGGGAACGCCGGCUGCAACAGCAACGACGCGUCCACCCGCCGCCGCCGCCUCCACCCGCGCUUUCGUCGUCGUCGCUGCUGCCGCCGCCACCGCCGCCGCUUCUGUUGCAGCAGCAGCAACAGCAGCAACCCGGUAUCGCCGUGUCUGUCGACCCGGACAGGCUGCCCGACCUGUUGCUCAACUCGCACCUCCCGCCACCGCUGUAUACCACCGUCGGCGGCGGCGUGUGCGAUGUCGCUAUGGCCACCCGGGYGGCCAACAUGCAGGCGUCCCUGUUGCCGCCCACCACGUUCCAACACCCCCAUCAGCCGCCCGGGGUGCCCGUCGGCUCGGCCGUCAACACGCCCGGUGGAUUUCGCCUGCCGUUUGGCAUCAUACCGGCCAGGAGACGAAGAUCGUUACACUAUUGCAGUGAAGAAGACACACCCAAAUCGUGUUGUGGUCUACUGACGUUACCAGACGCUACUAGUACGGUAUCCAUCAGGUGGUUCAUCAGCAUCGUUUUCAUAGCUGGGAUAUGUUCGGCACUCGUGGGUACUGUCUUGGGUGCUACCAGAGCUUCCGGUAGAGAACACCUCACGGUCGCCUUACUUAUGAUAGGCGUCGGUGUCAUUCUAGUGGCCAUCAGCGGUAUAGCGUGGCGCUUGACGGCCGGCCAAGAAGCGUCGUCGUGCGGAGCGGUGUUCGGGCUGGGCCGAUCGUUGGACGACGCGGCCGAAGCCAACCGGCGGUUCGUGCCCAGACUGCCGCCGUCCUACGGCCGUCCACACCAUCCCUACGCGGCCAUGAUGUAUCCCGAGUUCGAGUACAGAGCUCCGCCGCCGUCCUAUCAGGCGUCCAUGCAAGAGUACCGACUGAGACUGUUGCUGUUGGACAGACAGACGAACAUGCCGCCCGUCACGGCAUCGCCUCCGCCGACGUACAGGUCGCAACCCGGCACGCUGAUAAGAGGGCAAAACGUCUGUUGUCGCGGUGACCCCAACGAACUGUACCUGUACCAACCGUCGACGCUUCAGAUCAACCACCACCAGGCCGCCGACUACAGCGGCCCGCCCAGUUACCGGUCGCGGGCCAGCACGCUUCGGCCGGGCUGCCACCUGAUGAUGGACCCGACGGCCGGAGCAGUGGUCAUCGGAUCGACGGCGGUCAGCGGCCACCACAGCCGCAACUCGUCGCAACUGAGCGCGGCCAUGUCCGAGGCAGUGGGCGGUGGCGUGUUAACGGCCGCUACCGUGGACAACAAGGUGCCGCCGCCGCCGAUCGCCGACGACGACGACGGGGGCGGCGACGGUGGCCACGUCGGUAUCGUCGUCGGCGGUACAGUCGACGACAAUGUGCGUAACAUCGCGGUCGUCGUGGACGAAAAGCCCGCGGAYCGCCAUCACAUCGGUGGUUGCGGUCCGGUCACCAUAGUGCAAACCACGCCGGCCACCAACCCUCCGGGCACSGUCAUCGUGACCGUGUCCAGCGCCAACAACGACACCGCCAACGUCCGGUGCCGGGACACCGAAAUGGAAAUCCUGGCGCAUCUGUGAAACGGACAUCCGGAUGGCGACCAGACGGAAACGGAGUAAUAAUUGCGGUUUUUCUUCUCGACACUGCACUCGUUUUUCGCUAUUAAUACAACACUAUAUAAUGAUAUUAUCGUUCAUAUUGUAAUAAUGAUAUUAUAUUAUAACUAGUGAUUCGAACCGUUUGCGCGCGUUUUAUCCAAUAUUUUUAUAAGUUUAAUCUGCAUACUUAUUUUGUUUUUAUUAUUAUAUUAUCGAAUUAUUAUAUUAUAUUCGAACCAUAUAUAAUUUUAUCGUGACUCUUUUUUCACCACUAUCCUCGCAAAGUAACUGUAACAUUAGUAUUGAAAAAAAAAAAGAUUCGCGACUGGCUCUAAACUUGGCCCAAAUCAUUCUAGUAAUAAUUUAUUGUACGUUCGAGUGCGCGAACUCAGUUUUGCGCGCUAGCAUUUUCGCAAAUAUAAUAUUACUGAUGAACUCGUUGUUUAUACAUAAUAUUAUAACAUGCACAUAAUGUUUAUGUUAUAUAUAUAUAUAUAUAUAAAUAUUUUUUUUUUUUAAACUACUUAAAAGUAAUAAACACAAAUUGGUGUAGAAAAAUUGUACAGAAAACUCAUUACUUCCAACCCUUUGCCAUUUUCUCGUGAUAAUGAUAAUAAAAAAAACAUCAAACCCUUUUCAAAACAAUCCACGACCUUUGAUUUUAAUUUUUGUUUUUUAAUAAUUGAUACCAUUUGUUUGCACGAUAAUAAUUAUAUAUUUGUUAUUUAUGUGCGCUUAAUAUUUUAUAUUCUUAUCGACGACGACUGCUAACUGAUACGGAUGACCCUCCGUCAUGUAUAAUAGGUAUAUUUAUAACAGUAAAUAUURCCUAAUCUCGUGAGUGUGUUCCGUAAUAUUAUCAUUCGUUUUAAGUUUUUAAUUUAAUAUCGAUAUCGAAAUAAUAAAAUAGUCCCUAAGAGUAUAGUAUUAGGUAUUUACAACUGUGUAUAAUACCACGAUUAUAUUCGAUUGUAACAUUGUARUUGUACUGCAGCUGAUAAGUGAUAUCGUUUUCGGUCUUCAAACGUUAUAAAAAUUAUGUUAUCAUAAAUAUUGAAAUCACGAUUCGACGGCAUUAUUCACGUUAGUGACUUUGCAAUGAUAAUAUGGUCAAAAACACUAACUAUUAUAUCGUGUUUUAUUAGUUUUUAGGAAUUCUUAUUGUGACCUACAUGAUGUUUAUAAAAAUUUUUUUCGAGUCAUUACUCAAUUACGAGUGUGGCUACAUUAUUUACAAAACCACAUUAUUGUCAAAAAUGAUUGUGUUAUAUUACUAUUAUUAUAUAUAUAUAUAUAUAUU